UAAACGUCCAAAUUAGCACUAGCACUAAUCUUUCCUUCCUGUCACACAUUCACCACAAUCCUUCUUCACAAGGGUUCCGUGCUCUCCGUUCCGUUUCUCUUUGUACCAUCUUUUUAAUAACCUCCUCAAUUGAGUUAAUUAAUCUCAUCUUUCCCUCUUGGAUAAUCUCACCUUAAUUUUCUUGAUUAAUUAUAUCCCUAUGAUUAAUGGUCAUGGAACCUCGUCAUCAUCGGAGACUAGGCGAAAGGGGUGCUCGUCGAGUGGAAAGCGCGGUAGCGGUAACACCGCCAUCGAUGUUCCAUCAUCGGAGAAUGUAGGAGGCGGGGAAGGAUCGGGAAAUAAUUCCGGUCACACUCCGGGUCAGGCCGCGACUACUGCCCCGUGUGGUGCAUGCAAGUUCCUUAGGAGGAAAUGCAUUAGUGGGUGUAUCUUUGCACCACAUUUCGGGUCGGAUCAGGGCGCGGCUAGGUUCGCUGCGGUUCAUAAAGUGUUUGGAGCCAGUAACGUGUCCAAACUUUUGCUUCAUAUACCGGAGCAUCGCCGGAACGAUGCCGUGGUUACCAUCUCGUAUGAGGCUCAGGCUAGGCUUUCCGAUCCUGUUUAUGGCUGUGUGUCAACCAUUCUUGCUUUGCAACAACAGGUGGCAUCUCUACAAGCGGAGUUAUCCAUGGUGCAAACACAACUCAUAAACAGUAGAUAUGCAAUGGCAAAUGCAAUCCAGGAUUCACAAGCAAUUCAACACCAACAAAUUGCAGUUGCUUUACAGCCAGCUUAUUCAAACACCUCCUCAGCUUCAAACAACCUCAUGAACAUCAACAGUUGCAACACCACCUCCAAUUUUGACCUCGGCAGUGGAGGAGACGUGGUGGCGCCGCCUUGCUAUAGCACUUUUGACCCUGUACAUCUCACAGGCGCCGCCGCCGGCCGAGCCCCUCGGGAAGUAGUAGAAGAAGAUGAUGAGGAAGAGAGUCGUCAUCACAACCCUCUUGAUCAGUUCACCAACCAGAUAUUCCAGCAUCAUCCAGAUAGCAAAACCUAUUUUUAGUUUUUUUUUUUUUUUGAGUAAGGAAAAUGUCGAUCUUGGUUAUUAGGCUUGCACCAUUGGAAAAAUAAAUUUUCUAGUAAGCUUUCCUUGGAAAAACAAAAUAAAUUUGUUUUUUAGUUUUUGUGUAUAUGGUUGGAUAUUUAUAAAAGUUUAAAUGGAAGUAUAUACAUCCAUUUCGGC